AUGGCCCAGCGGCAGCCUGCCGCAUUCGCGGUAGGCCAAGACGACCGAAAACCUUUCCAACACUCACAUGUCCCUGCCGAGCAUGCGGCGCUGAUCCAGUCCAGGGAAACGGGAGAUGUGAUUCCCGACGAUGCGCCAACAGGGAAGGUCAAGGCUUUGCCGUUUGCAAAGUCGUGGGUGCACAUGAUGGCGGGAGGUGUUGGGGGAAUGACCGCUGCGACCAUUACUGCCCCGCUUGACGUGCUCAAGACCAGGCUACAAUCCGAUAUUUACCAGGCGCAACUCCGAGCCGCUAGAAUGGCCAAAGGACAGGCCUUGGCGGGAUUGAAUCCAGCCAGAGCCGCCCUGUAUCAUCUUACCGACACCCUGGACAUCCUUGGCUCAGUAUAUCGCACUGAAGGCUCCAGAGCCCUCUUCAAAGGUCUAGGCCCCAAUCUGGUGGGCAUUGUGCCCGCAAGGAGCAUAAACUUCUUUGUCUAUGGUAACGGCAAGCGAAUCAUCUCCGAGUACUGGAAUCGUGGCGAGGAGGCUCCUUGGGUGCAUCUUUUAGCUGGCGUGGCAGCCGGUGUAGCGACGUCAACAGCGACAAACCCCAUCUGGAUGGUCAAGACCCGGUUGCAACUUGACAAGAACGUUUCGGAGCGCAGCGGUGGCGUCAUGCAGCGACAGUACCGUAAUAGCUACGACUGCGUGCGACAGAUCAUUCGCGACGAAGGCAUUCGCGGCCUGUACAAGGGAAUGAGCGCAAGCUACUUGGGGGUGGCCGAGUCUACGUUGCAGUGGAUGUUGUACGAGCAGAUGAAGGCAUCGUUGGCCAGACGAGAGGAGCGCAUCCAGCGCAGCGGGAGGGAAAAGACCUGGUGGGAUAACUCGGUGGACUGGACCGGCAAGGCUGGUGCCGCUGGCGGCGCAAAACUAAUUGCCGCCAUUUUGGCAUAUCCUCACGAGGUCGCCCGAACCCGACUGCGACAGGCCCCGAUGGACAAUGGCCUUCCGAAAUACACCGGUUUGAUCCAGUGCUUCAAGCUGGUGUGGAAAGAAGAGGGCAUGAUUGGUCUGUACGGCGGUCUCACGCCUCAUCUGAUGCGAACAGUUCCGAGUGCAGCCAUCAUGUUUGGCAUGUACGAGGGCAUCCUCCGACUUUUUAAUACCCCUGCAUAG